AGUAACAUCCAUCACCAUGGUGUCAUCUCGUAGUGCUCAAGCUGAAGUCCGGGCGGUCGAGAAGAAAAAGAACAAAUCAAUGGCACAAAAGUGUGGGAUUACGUUCCCAGCCAUGCGCAUCCGUCGCUACCUGCGCCUGGGCGAUUACGCCAAGCACAUCGGAGUUGGCGCUUCCGUGUACUUGGCUUCCGUCCUCGAGUACCUGGUCGCUGAAAUAUUGGAGUUGAGUGGCAAUGCUGCUCGUGACAACAAGAAAACCAGGAUCAUCCCGAGGCACCUCUUGCUGGCCAUCAAGAACGAUGCCGAGUUGGACGAUUUGCUCAAGAACGUCACCAUAUCUCAAGGAGGCGUACUCCCCAAUAUCCAAGCCGUACUUCUCCCAAAAGCCUCCAAGAAAAGCCAAACCCAGAGCCAAGAAAAAUAAUUAAAAUAACCCCUUAACAAUCGGCCCUUUUCAGGGCCACCAUACGCACUACGUAAUUAAUUACACAAGGCAAUAUCUGUUAAUUUUACACAGCCAUCGGUUAACGUGUACAACUGACAUUACAAAUUUAUUACCAAGACCUUUAAUUACAGAAACACUUAACUUACUCAUUCUGUAAUACACAUUAUUUGCAAAUAUGACUAAUGUGUGAAGAAACUCAUGUAAAGGGUUAAUGCAGCAUCGGAGAAGGGUUGUAAUUCUGCCAACGUCUCACUUCUCUCAUGGUUUUUUGAUAUCGUAUUGAGCGGCCCAACAGACAGGCAAAUAUUAUUCCAGA